GUUGAGGGAAGAGAGAGGAUACGUUUUAUAAGAGUAGCUGGGGAUAUUCUUCUGAACCGUGAGUAAGUGGUUCAUUUGUCCACAAAAAUGAAUUUUGCAAUGAGGCAGUUGUCUCUUUUUUAUUACAUCUGGUUUCUUUGGCAAUAUGUUUGGAAUGUUAGAAAUUUAUGUUUGCCUUCAAUGCAACUGCAGCAAAAUGCAAUAGCCAGUCAUCAAAACUACACAGAAAAGCAUUAUUUUAGGGUAUAUGCUAUUCAAGAGGGCAUUCAAGAGUCAUUAAGAUUUGAAAUCACUUUCAGAGAAGAGAUGGGAUUUUUAAAAAUCUUUAUUGGGUUCUGUUUUCUGAUUUUCUAUUUUUCUUGUUUUCUCUCUUAGGUGAAGUGACUCCACGAGGGAACCUGAAAAGAGAGAAAGAGUGAAAGUGCAGGUGUGUGUGUGUGUGCGGGACAAGACCAUGCUGGGUUGUGAGGGUGGGGCGGUGGUGCGGCGGUGGCUGACCCUGGUCACAGGGCUGCUGGAGUGCCUGUGUUUUGCGGGGGCCGUUUUCGGCUGGGCCUCCCUGGUGUUCGUCCUGAAGACGGAAGGCUACUUCAGCUACCUGUGUGUCAACACUACCGGGGUCAAUGGAACGCAAUUCCUAGGUCAGUGACUGAGACACCUCACCAUCCCGUUUCAAACACAUUCUCACAUAAUGUAUAAUUUGUUUGGAUUCACAGUAUAUCUUACAAUACAAAUCAAUAUUUUUAAGGUCAUUCAGAGACCUGGGCACACUCAUGCACACACACACACACACACACACCUGUCCAUACUGACAGCUCUCUGCCUGCCUCUGUGUGUGUGUGUGUGUGUGUGUGUGUGUGUGUGUGUGUGUGUGUGUGUGUGUGUGUGUGUGUGUGUGUGUCAGACUGCAGUGGACAAGAUGAACAGUUCUCCCUUAUCUUCACCAUCGCUUCCUUCAUGAACAACUUCCUGCUGCUGCCCAAUGGCUUCCUGUUUGACCGUUUCGGCACCAUGGUGGCCAGGCUGCUGGGAAUGUGAGUAUUUUUAUAAACAUGUUAUAACGCAUCAUUAAACUGCACAGGGUUGAUAACCUAUAUUCAACCAUAACCAUAACAAUCUGGCAAGAGACAAUUGACAGAGAUAAUGUAAACAACCUAAUGCAGUAGUUUCACUAAAACAAGAUACUGAACACAGCUAUAUGAGCCUUGUCUUAUCUUAACUUGAGACUGUAGCUUGACCUUUCACACAAAUCUCCCGUUGACAUCAACCAUUGAUUUGCGCUAAGUCUUGAGUUACCCGCAAGGAUUUGGUGUUACGUGAAGACAGCAUAUUAUAACAUCUUGUUAAAUGUUUAAGAAUCUGUUCAGUUAGUGAGGCUUUAAUAUGUGCCUAAUCUCAUGGGAGUUGAGAUUUCUUUGUCUGUGGUCGAUGCUGCACUAAUGACUAAUUUCAUGGCUGUUAGACUGAGAGACCGUCAAAAAGCACAGUGCUAUGAAGCAGCCAGCUGUUAUUUAAGCAAUAAGGCCCGAGGGGGUGUGAUAUAUGGCCAAUAAGACACAGUCUGCCAUUACCUUAGCCAUAACAGAGAACCCCCUGUAUGUCUAUCUCUUUACCACUCUCUCCAACAGUUUCACUCUGUCCCUGCCUAUCUUUCUCCCUGCUUCUGGUAUCUAAGUGAUGGUGGAAAGUAUGAGUGUGUGUACCUUCCAGUGCUAAGUCCCUCUUUCUCUGGCUGUCACAUCCUGUUAUUUCCUUGGAAGGGUUCCCAUGUCUGUUCACAAUAACAGAUGUAGAGAGAGAGAGAGAGAGAGAGAGAGAGAGAGAGAGAGAGAGAGAGAGAGAGAGAGAGAGAGAGAGAGAGAGAGAGAGAGAGAGGAGAGAGAGAGAGAUGAUCUGAGAGACCUCUCUCUUCCCUCUCCUCUCUCUAGAGAGAGAGAGAGAGAGAGAGAGAGAGAGAGAGAGAGAGAGAGAGAGAGAGAGAGAGAGACCAAAGGAAAGUGGUGGGGUAAGUUGAGUUGCCUGGGUUACAGUUUUCUGUUGGAGUAGAUUGGACUCAGUGCCUAGUUGUCCAAGAGACGGUGCAAGGCAGAGCCAGAUGGCGGUGUCCAUGGAGAGCACUGCCAGAGGUGAGGAAUGGAGGGAGAGUGGACAUGCCAACAGAGAGGGAAUGAGAAAGAGGAAUGAAGUUGGACAGGGUGGAAGAGUUAUGACAUUUACAGAUAUAGUUAAGGGCUGGGGGUUAUGCUGUUGACUGUGAGUAUUCAGGAUGUGGUUGAGCCUGGGGUUGAUGGGGUUAGACUGGGCCAACUAGGCCAGUGUGGCACAGACCCAGUUACUGAAAAAAACUUCCAUAGCCGCAGAUUCCAAAUCUGCAACAACAAACUCCAAUCAGCCAAUCAGAAGCCAAUCCAUAUGUUUUCACUCUAGGUGGAGGGGAAAUGAAAAGAGAAGGAAUGCAAAUAGAGAGAGGAUAGAGACUAGAAAGAGAGAUGGAGAUGGGAUCUAGACCUCCUAGGUAGGACCAGGAAAGCACAGCUAGCACGGCUAAGGCUCUUAAAACAGGGCUAGGACAGUGGGAGGUCCACCAGAGGGCAAGAAUACAACAAGUUUAACCUGAGUCUCUUUAAGCAUUACCCCCUGACUGGUCUCAUUGUGACACAUUGUUUCUGAUUGUCAGCAAGUGUUUAUGUGUGUGUAUUCUCCAGAUCCCUGUACACCUCUGGUGCCUUGUUUGUGGCCUUCUCAAGUUCAGGUAAAAUCAUUGACUUUUCAAAAACAGGCUUUAUGGCACAGCUUACCCAAACACCAUGGCGUUUGAUACAUUUUUAUCAACAGUUGGAACGUUUGUUACACUUUUGUCAGCAAUUUGCAAUAUUUCAAGAGAGCUAAGUCUGUUCUUUUUUUCUCUCAGCUCUGUCCGUCCUCCUCUUCCCGGCUCUGUCCUUCAUCUCUGUGGGAGGCAUCUUGUUUCUGGUCACCAACAUGCAGGUCUGUUCUCUCAUAUGUAUUACCUCCUGAAUAAACAUCAGUCAUGUACACGGCAGUCCUCAGGGCAGAGGAGUUCUCUCAGUAAUUAAAGAGGACCAUAAGUGAGAACACACCCAUGAUGUAGCAUAACCUUGCCUUGGGCCAUGCAUUUACUUCCGUUUGACUUGGGGUUUUGUCAGUCUGUGGUGUGUACUCAUGAGUCACACACAGACACACAGGCCCAGCCGGUUAUGCUUCACCUCUCUGUUACUCUUGUAGAUAGGCAACCUGUUUGGUUCUGCUCGCUCCACCAUCAUCACCCUCUACAAUGGUGCCUUCGACUCCUCCUCCGCCCUCUUCCUCAUCAUCAAGGUAAGACACACACACACAUAGAUUAUCAGUUGAUAGCUGUCCAUGAGUUAAUGAUGAUGAUGAUGGUGGUGAUGAUGAUGAUGCCACCCCUCCUGCCUCUCUUCUGCUCUAGCUGCUAUUUGAGGCUGGGAUCUCUCUUCGUGCCUCUUUCCUCUUCCUGGCUGCGUGUGGCGUCAUCCACCUGGUCAGGACCUUCCUCCUGCUACCCAGAACACACAUCCCCUACCCGCUCCCUGAGGGCUACACCUAUGGGUAAGAACACAUCCCCUACCCGCUCCCUGAGGGCUACACCUAUGGGUAAGAACACAUCCCCUACCCCCUCCCUGAGGGCUACACCUAGGGGUAAGAACACAUCCCCUACCCCCUCCCUGAGGGCUACACCUAGGGGUAAGAACACACCCCCUACCCCCUCCCUGAGGGCUACACCUAGGGGUAAGAACACAUCCCCUACCCCCUCCCUGAGGGCUACACCUAGGGGUAAGAACACAUCCCCUACCCCCUCCCUGAGGGCUACACCUAGGGGUAAGAACACACCCCCUACCCCCUCCCUGAGGGCUACACCUAGGGGUAAGAACACAUCCCCUACCCCCUCCCUGAGGGCUACACCUAGGGGUAAGAGCACAUCCCCUACCCCCUCCCUGAGGGCUACACCUAGGGGUAAGAACACAUCCCCUACCCCCUCCCUGAGGGCUACACCUAGGGGUAAGAACACAUCCCCUACCCCCUCCCUGAGGGCUACACCUAGGGGUAAGAACACAUCCCCUACCCCCUCCCUGAGGGCUACACCUAGGGGUAAGAACACAUCCCCUACCCCCUCCCUGAGGGCUACACCUAGGGGUAAGAACACACCCCCUACCCCCUCCCUGAGGGCUACACCUAGGGGUAAGAACACACCCCCUCCCCCUCCCUGAGGGCUACACCUAGGGGUAAGAACAUCCCACCCUCCUGCCACUGAACUCCCCCCCUCCCUGAGGGCUACACCUAGGGGUAAGACACAUCCCCUACCCCCUCCCUGAGGGCUACACCUAGGGGUAAGAACACAUCCCCUACCCCCUCCCUGAGGGCUACACCUAGGGGUAAGAACACAUCCCCUACCCCCUCCCUGAGGGCUACACCUAGGGGUAAGAACACAUCCCCUACCCCCUCCCUGAGGGCUACACCUAGGGUAAGAACACAUCCCCUACCCCCUCCCUGAGGGCUACACCUAGGGGUAAGAACACAUCCCCUACCCCCUCCCUGAGGGCUACACCUAGGGGUAAGAACACACCCCCUACCCCCUCCCUGAGGGCUACACCUAGGGGUAAGAACACAUCCCCUACCCCCUCCCUGAGGGCUACACCUAGGGGUAAGAACACAUCCCCUACCCCCUCCCUGAGGGCUACACCUACGGGUAAGAACAGGAGCUGGACAGAAAACACACCCAGGGAAACAAGGGAAUAAAUGUCUGCUGAGUGUUUGUUGCUCUUAGCAGAAGCUCUAACAAACUAGAGACCCCAGCACACCCCCUGUGGGUCCGUUCUGUCUGGCCUCUGUGUGACUCUAACCAGUGUUACCAUUACUUCCUGUGACAGGAUAAACUGUGGCCAGACCAAGACCUUCAGCCCGGAGCAGACAGCAGCCAAUUGCAACGUGCAGAGUGAUGAUGUCACGGAGGAAACGCCUUUUAACAAGGAGAGCGCAGAGAAAGGUGUGUAGAUUUAGGUUACCUUGAUAUCAGCCCUGCUUGUUCCCUUGUCCCAUAUAUUCAUGAUUGGUUGACCAUACAGACCUUGUUUACUGCAAUUACAUAAUCUGUGUGUAUUUGUGACGGAUUUGACCUCUUCCUCCCCCACCUCCUCUACCUACCCCACACCCCCACCCCAUCUCAGUGGCUACUUUCUGGGAGUGUUUCCUGUCCAAGUUCUUCAUCUGGCACCUGGUGUGGCUAUCUGUCAUGCAGCUGAGGCACUACCUGUUCAUCGGCACCCUCAAUCCCAUGCUGCAGAGACUGACCCAGGGAGAACCCUCUCUGGGUACACACAAACACUCACACACACACACACACACACACACACACACACACACAUACAAAUGCCUAUUGACAGAUGUUAUACUCUUAUACUCAAAAGUAUGUGGACAGCCCUUCAAAAUAGUGGAUUCGGCUAUUUUAGCCACACCCAUUGCUGACAGGUGUAUAAAAUCCCAUAGACUAUUAUUUAUCGAAUAAUUACCUACUAUGUUUAAUUGUUACUAGAUUAAAUGAAUCAUGUAACAAUUAACUCAUUAGGAAUUUGGGGCACCACGAGAAGAGUUGUUUAACGAGUUACCGUUUCCCGAAAUAACUCUAAAGAUAUCAAGAUAUCUCUUAUCAUUUAACAGUCAUUUAUUAAUAAUUUACCUCAUAUCAGUCUCAUUCUGAAAGUCGUAGGCUCUUUAAGUCUGCACAAACACGGGUCUUACUGAUCAUUCCAUACCACACACAUUUAUUAAAUUAUUUAUUUACUAACUCAUUUAAAAUGAUAACACAAGAUACAAACACAUACACGGUAUAGGUAGGGAUUAGAAACUUAAUACAAUGAAAACGGGUCCAUAGCGGACUAACACAAUAUGACACUUGUUACAAAAGAUGGCGAGUUGAAGAGAGAGAGAGAGAAAAACACUUGGAUACACAUGGAACUAUGCUCAUAGUAAUCCUAAUACUUUGCCCAGAACUGCCGCCUGUUUGGUAAGAAGUAAUGCAUGUAUUUACGUGUUUGUCUUCGUUGUCUCUGUUGGACCCAGGCCUUCGUGGGAAGAGUCGAUUGGGCCUUCUCUUUUUGGAUGGCCUUUUAGAUGUAAGGCUCAGAUGUAAGGCUCAGAUUGUCCACAAGAGGUCACAAUGUCCUUCUUCUUAGUCUUCUGUUUACUUUCACUCUUUCUGAAAUUGAUCCCCUGUGGGGUGAUGACAGCAGUGUAGUAGAUGAUGGUUUGAAGAGAGUAACAGGAUGGUCCCACUUAAAUUCACCUUCUUAGAUACAGUACUUAGAACAGCUACUCAGCCAUAACGUUGAUUGUUAGUGGAGGCAACUUUGUCGUCUUCACCUCGUGUUGAUUUUCAGGGUCGGGACCAAUAUGGACAAAAGCUGCAGCUUGAGGUCCAUCUAGUCUGAUCUGAUAAUUCUUAUCUCAGUCUUUUAUGCACUCUGGUAAAGAGGGGCGGCACAGCCCCCCCUGUGGGUAAGAGGGUCUGGUUGUUGUCUGCCAUUUGCCAAGCUGAUAUGAGGCCUUUGAUCCUCAUCCAGGGAGAGUCAUGACACCAGUGAAGGGAAAUCUUAACGCUACAGCAUACAAUGACAUUCUAGAUGAUUCUGUGUUUCCAACUUUGUGGCAACAGUUUGGGGAAUUCCCUUUCCUGUUUCAGCAUGACAAUGCCCCCGUGCACAAAGCGAGGUCCAUACAGAAAUGGUUUGUCGAGUUCGAUGUGGAAGAACUUGACUGGCCUGCACAGAGCCCUGAUCUCAACCCCAUUGAACACCUUUGGGAUGAAUUGGAACGGCGACUGCGAGCCAGGCCUAAUCGCCCAACAUCAGUGCCCGACCACACUAAUGCUCUUGUGGCUAAAUGGAAGCAAGUCUCCGCAGCAAUGUUCUAAUGGAAAGCCUUCCCAGAAGAGUGGAGGCUGUUAUAGCAGCAAAAGGGAGACCAACUCCAUAUUAAUGCCCACGAUUUUGGAAUGAGAUGUUCGACGAGCAGGUGUCCACAUACUUUUAGCCAUGUAGUGUAUUACUGUCUUAACCGUUUAUAAAUAUCUUACUGAUGUUUAAUAAAGUAAACUUACAUACUAAAGUUGUUUUAAAGUGUAACUCUUCUCUCUUUCUAAGCAUGUCCUUAAUCCGCUCUGUUUGUCCCUGCAGUGAGCACAUACACCAAUGCGUUUGCUGUGACCCAGCUUUUUGGGGUGCUGUGUGCCCCCUGGAACGGCCUCAUCAUGGACCGACACAAGGGCAAACCCAGGGCCCCAGGUACAAACCUCACCUACAGACACUACUACAACCUCUCUACAAGACACAUGUGAAACCUCACACACUCACACUCCAAACCAAACACACCAAGAAUGUUUUUAGAGCUAUGAGACCAGUGCCGUCUUUCACAGGUAAUUUAUUUGCUACGGCGACAAUUUCAGAAUGUAACAGGCUAUUACUGCAAUUUCAGUUAAAACUCAAUAAAACAAGUCUCAAAUAUAAGGAUGUCUAAACAGUCCAGCUGUUUUCAAAGAAAUUGCUCUGCUAUUAAGAUUUUUACUGGAGGAACGUUUGGUCUGAAGAGCCUCUGACCUUCAGUAUACAUUACUACUUGGAGGGGGGUGACUGAAGUGGUGGUGUCGUAUGCUACCUAAGAAGGUGGCGUAGAAAUGUAAUGGAGAAGACAGAAUUAAAUCGAGAUUUACAUCUUUACACUACUGAAACGUGUACAAUACUUUUUUGUGAUAACUCAUAAGUAUAAUUAUACUCUAAACUAACUUCAACACCAGAUCCCUGAGAACUGCUUGAUUCUCUGACCCUGAUAUCUAACUGUGUGGGGGGCGUGGGAAGGGUGUAAAAUAAGCAUGGGUUUAUACACACAACACUCAUCUUAUCUGUGUGUUUGUGUGUGUGCGUGUAUGUGUGUGUGUGUGUGUACAUACUGUAUGUUUGGUGUAUGUGUGUUGUGUGUGUGUGUGUGCAGGAAUGAGUGAGAAGGAAGCAGACCUACGUGCGUCAGUGCUCUCCCUGACCCUGACGGCGCUGCAGUGUGUCCUGUUCUCCAUCUGUGCCUCCACCCCCUUCCUCCCCCUCCAGUACCUCACCUUCAUCCUGCAGGUCCUCAACCGAUCCUUCCUUUAUGGAGGCAAUGCAGCCUUCAUCAGCAUUGCGUGAGUCACACACACACACACACACAGACAGACACCAGUUGUUUGCAAUAACAAACAUUAUGCAACAGGAUAAGUGGAGCACAGAUAGACGCUCACAUUCUUAGUGUCCUACUUUUGUAGUGUAGGAACAAAUCAAUCUCUCUUUCUCUUUCUCUUUCUCUCUAUCUCUAUCUCUAUCUCUAUCUUUAUAUCUCUCUCUCUCUCUCUCUCUCUCUCUCUCUCUCUCUCUCUCUCUCUCUCUCUCUCUCUCUCUCUCUCUCUCUCUCUCUGUGUGUGUGUAGUUUUCCUCCCUGUCACUUUGGGAAGCUGUACGGUAUGAUCAUGGCUCUGUCUGCAGUGGUGGCUCUGCUGCAGUACCCCUGCUUCACCCUGGUCAAAGGAGUGCUGGGAGGAGACCCACUAUACGUGAGUUUAGCUACUGUUAUCAGAAUGACCAGAUAGACUACCUUUACCAUUGAUAGAGCUUUGCAGCAGGCUUUAACCUUUACCAUUAUGUUCUAAAGUGGUGUUAUUGCAGAGUGGUGACCCCAUCUCCCUUCCCCCUCCUCACUCUCUCUCUCUUCUCUCUCUUUCCUCUACAGGUGAACAUAGCCCUGACGUUACUCAGCCUGCUGGCCUUCAUCCAUCCUGUCUGUGUCUAUCUGCACUGUCGUGGCCUGGCAGUCCAGAGGGGUAAACCCAAGGACCCCCUCCCCUCCCCCUCCUCCUAGAACAGCUCUAAAAAGGGAAACAAACACACACACUUUAAAAAGGCCAUUUCAACCCUCACUCCUCUGUUUCCUCUCCAGUUUGUAUAUUAUAUACAUGUGGUAUCAGUUAGUUAGCGUUAGGGUUAUACAUGUCUUAAAUCAGGAUUUUAGCUGACUCUGUUAGAGUGGGAACAAAAACUGUUUACAGACUCCUCCUAAGUGCUAAUGUUAUUGUUCAGCCCUGCAUCGACCGCCCCAUUGGUCUUGGCUACAGCUGAAAGCCCAUAGGCUGCUAUUGUAUGUACUGUAGCUGAAAACGUAUUUGAUCUGGUGUAUUCUAGCUGGCUAGUCUGCCUCCUUUUAUUCCACUCUAAGCAGUAUUAACUAACCGUGCACUGUGACACUGCUGCCCAAACCCCUACACUCAGACUUUCCAUUGUAGGAUCCAAGCAGUCAAGGACAACAACACAUCUAAACAAAUCUAGUGUUUAUUACGCCUGUUAGAAUAAGGAUUAAUGAAUGUGAUAAUCAGUUUGAGGUAUAGGAAUUGGGUCCCCAAUGUCUCCAAUUCAUAAAUCAAACACCUCUCUUCGGGAGUCUGAGAGGCCAUUUUGGCAGGAAAGGCAGAACAGGUCUGCCACCUACUGACCUAAACUGGGGGAAACAGCCUGUUUCUGGGUGGCAUUUACUACCCUCCUCUGAACAAACCGUGUCAUGAUGAUGGGCUUUGUAUUAUAUCCCCCAAUCACAUAACAGCGAGAACCUUUAUAGGGUUUAUUUAUAGUGUGGUAUAGAUAGCAGAGAUAGACCACUUAUGCCUUAUACAUGGAAGUCAACAACAUUCAAGAGACUAUUAUUUGUAUUGAGAAUGUACUGUAUUAAUUGUAAAGGGAUUUUUCAAUGCAGGACAUGCAGGGACUAUAGCAUUAGAUAUAUAUAUAUUUUUUUUUUUGUAC